AUGGGUAUUGAAGAUUUUAAGUUCAUAUACUGGAUGGAAUACGCACAUCGAAUGUGGGGUAGAGCCCUAGGUGUCAUGUUUGCAUUGCCAUUCUCAUAUUUUCUUCGUAAGGGAUAUAUUGGACUAAGGCUGUCUGCCCUUUUUGCUCUUGGUGCUGGUCAGGGUUUAAUUGGUUGGUGGAUGGUUAAAAGUGGAUUAGAGGAGAGAACAUUCGUUAUUUACAGUGGCCUGUUCUGGACUGCUCUUUCUGUUGUAAUGCCUGAACCUCUUGCUGAAUCAUUAGCUUGGGUUCAAGGGGCUGCCAAAGUCAGGAGAAUUGCAAUUCCAGUGAGCCUUGUUGUCGGCAUUACCGCUGUUUCUGGAGCAUUUGUUGCUGGAAACGAUGCCGGCCGUGCAUACAUUACCUUUCUAAAGAUGGGAGAUGUGUGGGUUCCUGAUAAUUUAUUUGAGUUGAAACCAAUAAUCCGAAACUUCUUCGAGAAUACGGCCAUGGUGCAGCUUGACCAUCGUAUCCUUGCAACUUCCAGUUUGAUCUCCAUCUGUGGCUUAUGGUGGUGGACCAAAAAGCUGGACGUCCAUCCGGCUAUUAGAUCUCUGGUCGGAGCCACUUUUGGCAUGGCUGCUCUUCAGGUAACAUUAGGUGUCUCAACACUUCUAUCAUACGUGCCUGUUUCGCUAGGCACUGCACAUCAGGCAGGGGCCUUGACCCUUCUAACACUGAUGCUACUGCUCAAUCACACUGUGAGGAAACCAUCAAUGUCGCUUCUGAAAACACUGCCGCAGGUUGCAAGGAUAGCUUGAUAGCCAUUGUUUUUUUGAGAAUAUUGUAUUAGAUUAAUCAAACACAUCGAUUUGUUAUUCGAUCCUCUUGUUGUUCUGUAUCGAUAUUCCAUUUUCAAACCCCGAGUUCA